GUUCUCACAAACAAAGAUAACAGCCUAUGCCUACAUUAUGUUGUCGAAAUUGGUGUAUAAAAUUGGACUUCUCUUUGGUCUUUUUGUAAUAUGGUUGCCACUUAUUGAGACGAAAACACUUUCAAUUUGCGGUGGAUCUGUAAGCGGAAGCAAUGUGGCCUGGAGUCACCUACUGGAUCUUGCUGGUGGGACCAGUGCUCGAAUGGGUAUUAUAACUGCAGCGUCUGGAGACCCCGAAGACAGUGCAAACUAUUACAUUGAUCUCUUUACCAACCUCGGUGCCCAAUCCGUCUAUUGGGUGCCAAUUCACGAGCUCACGGCAGAUCUGAACAAUGACGCAGCCAUUGCCGCCGAGAUUCGCCAACAAACAGGAUUCUUCUUUAGCGGAGGAGAUCAAGCAAGAAUCAUCAAUUCCUUUUACAACAAUGGACGUGAUGAGUCUGAGACGCUUCGAGCAAUUCGUGAGACGUACGAAGCAGGAGCUAUGGCAUCUGGCUCUAGCGCGGGUCUUGCCUGUAUGAGUAGGAAUCCAAUGAUUAUGGGUGGCAUGAGCUGGGAGGCCUUGCGAUAUGGUGCUUCCACCACUUGUGGCAGUGACGCUCUUUGUUAUGAUACAAAUGGCGGGAUUGGUUUCAUUGAUGGCUAUAUCCUAGAUUCUCACUAUAGUGAGCGUGGUCGAGAGGGUCGUCUGACACGGUUGAUAUGGGACACACGACAACUAAGUCGAGGAACCAUGUACGGUAUUGGAGUGGACGAGGGUACCUGUUUCACGAUUACAGACGUAGACACACCUUCGGCCGUUGGAGAGGUUGUUGGUACAGAGGGAGCAAUGGUCGUAGAUUUGUCCCGAGCAAGAGAGUCAAGUGGAAGUUACUUCAGAAUUACUGAUGUUUAUAUAAAUUACAUCACUGAGGGGGAUAGAAUCAAUCUUGAUAGAAGUGGACAUAAUAUAAGCUUUGCAAGUUACAAGAACAAUCUCCUCGGGGACGAACGCUACACGACUCCAUUGACCUCAGUUAUGAUCUUCAACGGCGACAGGGCAGAUCGUGGGUCAUUGCCAGAGUUCCGUCGAGUGACAACGAGUAUCUUUGAUGCCACGGGUGCCACAACCUCGGGUACGACCCUCAAUAGCGGACCUACUUUCCGAGUAUCAUUCCGCCAGGAGUCUUCAUCCAGGGGAUACGGAGGAUAUAAUCCCCGCACCGACCGCUGGCUCAUAUCCUAUGGUAACCUCCAUAUAGAUAUUGACUUUAUUGACGAUUUGUGAACUCACUUCUUCAAAUUGCAUUGUUUAUAAGAUCAGAGAAUGUAAAAAACACGAUGUCAAAGUCACAGAAAAAGCUUUUUGGUAGUGUU